AUGGCUUCUUCAGUGCCAAUAUUUCGUUCUACAAAGGAAACCACUAACUAUGCAAGGCUGUGUCGUCUUCUGGUAGAUGUUGGGUCACAAGUCCUAAGACAGAAAUUUGACAGUAUUUGUCCACAAGCUACCCUUAACAGUUAUUUGUCGAGUCCUGCAGUACAUACCACGCUAACAACACUUAAGGCGAGAAGAGUUUUGAAACCUUCGCAAUGGGACAAACUGUAUCCCCCCGUCGUCGCCGUUUCAGUUUCAUCAAGGGACUUUGACAUCACCCUGCUAAUGGUUCUGUUGAGAAACAUCUGUGGUUUAACUCCUCCAGUGACUGGGUGGGACAAUCUUCCGCCUGCUACAGAUUUAACGCCCGAAGCUGAUAUUGCUCGUAUAAAGUGGUACAGAAAUACAGUGUAUGGUCAUACCAGUCAAGCCUCCGUUGAUGAUGCUACCUUUGCAAGCUGUUGGACGGACAUUAAGGCUACUUUGGUAAGACUGGGAGGGGCGACAUAUGGACCUUCAAUCGACCUUCUCGAAAAUGCCUGUAUGGACCCUGUCAUUGAGGAACACUACAAAAACCUUCUGAACCAAUGGAAAGUGGAUGAACAUAUCAAAGAUGCGCUCAGUGAGAUGGUGGAGAAGCUGGAUGAACUGAAGGCGGCGCUGCCGCAGCCUGCAGAAAAGUCGAUGCUAAGUGAAAACGGUAAGUUAUGACCAAAAUAUGACGCCUUAAACUUAUCUAAUACUAUCGAUGUCUCAGAUUGACAAUGUAUAAUUAAUGUCAGGUCCUGAGAUACACCUCACCAGAGACAAAGAAUAAAGAAGAAAUCAAAAGGCAAUCCAAGAGAGUCUUGGAUUCUAGAUUCCACGCUGUGGAUUUCGGAUUUCAGGUACCGGAUUUCAAAUUCCUUGUCAGCGGAACUUGGAUUCCGAAUUCCAAUCAUUUCCAGGAUUCCAGAUUCCUGGAGAGCUGAAUUCCGCACUCCCAAGCCCAGGACUGUGUUUUCCGCCUGUGUUUUUCUGUGUUUUUUUUGUAACCCGGAUUACCUAACAUGGAGUGAGAGGGUAUCGCUAAGUCUAACUACAAAGCGACAUUAUGAGUAUUGACAACUUUUACUGCAUUGCAAGCUGAUAAGAAGUGUUUGUGACUCAUUUAGCCAACUCAUUCUUAGCUCGAUAACAGUCGUAUCUGAAAACAGCUUAUUUGAUUGGCCUUGCGUACUUGGCAACUUUCUGCACUCAAUUUUACGAUUUUGCACAACAUUUGGAAUGAACUGUCAAGCACCCUACCAAUCAGGUUGCAGACAGUUUUGUAUCUAUAUUAGCUAACUAAGGAAUUUUCAAAGGAAAAAUAAUUCAUUUCAAUGUCCCAUUUUACUCGCAUACAGAUCCAAUCUUCGUUCAAGAGUGUCAAAGGCAGCUGCGCUCCCACUAUAACACCACCAUGAGCCAGGUUAGAAUCACCCCUUGGGAGAAAGAUAGCAUUGUCAACAUCGAAGACGUUUACACCAAAUUAUCCUGGUGGAGACAGGUAAAGAGACCCAACGGAGCAACCAAUCAGGAAAUUAACGACUAUACCGAGGUAUUCGAAGGUUAUGGACGUUCUACCAGCCCUAAAAGGAUACUUGUCUACGGAAGGACUGGUAUCGGAAAAUCGACCUUUUCUCAGAAAAUUGCCGUCGACUGGGCGAACGAAAAGGAAGAAGUCUUGAAACGGUUCGAUGUUUUACUUGUGGUAAGGUUGCGAAAUGCGUUGGAUGCCCAAGACAUGCCUUCUUUAAUAAAAGCUUCUGACCUUUUUGCUGUUGAUGGAUCGAUUUCAGCUGAGAGCGUUUAUGAUUACGUUCGCAGCCACCAAGAAAGGGUGUUACUUGUACUAGAUGGCUACGACGAGUACAGUGCGAAUGGGACAUUGAUUCGUGAGAUAUGGCGAGGGAAACAGCUAAGAGAUUGUCACGUGUUAAUGACGACCAGACAACUGGAGAGCGACGAACUUAUUAUCCCAAGCAAUGUGCUGUACGAGAUCAAAGGGUUUGUCCAUAAGGAACAAGUGAACGAUUUUGCUCGGAGGUUUCUCGACAGCGAAAGAGAGCUGGAAUUAUUUGUCUGUUACCUAAACGAUGAGAACCUCUGGAGCUUAGCGGAGAUUCCUCUUCUUCUUUUGAUGCUUUGCUUGAUUUGGAAGAACAGGUAUGUCAAAAAACUACCAACAUCCAAGCUGGAACUGCAUGAUAGAUUUGUCGAGACUUUGCUUUGUCACAUGAGCUUGAAGAAUCCCGACAGCCCACCGUUGAAUAAUAAAAACGUCCUCCAUGCUUUCAGUGAAGAGAUUACCGCCUUAGGAAAGUUGGCGUUUGAAGCUCUUUUGAAAAACUCCGUAUAUGUUGAUCUUGAAAACCUUAAACUUCAAAGUGAUGACCUCGCUGACAAAAUGAUCCGUUCAGGUCUCUUUCAGUUUUCUAAAAUGUCAAGUCCAGAUACUACCAAAACCAUAGUAUUUCUUCACAAAUCAAUACAGGAGUUUCUGGCUGCAAAGUAUUUGAUGAACAUGCUAAAUAUGAAAGAAAGCGAGAUACCCACUAUUGGCGCAGGGAUUAAUUCAUUCAGCAAGGCGUUAGAGAUGAAGGAAGUACUUCGAUUUCUGUGCCAGUGGUCUACGGAAGGAGCGAGAGCAGUCUUCAACCUUCUUAGGUCUCUUGGAGAAAAGGAAUGUCUGACAGAGUGCCAGUUUUCUAAGACGCCUUCUCUGGACGAUCUGUCACUGCACCAAAGAUUGUUGCGGGAUUUAAGUUUGGAGUGUUUAAUCAGUUGUUCGGUGUCAUCCAGGCGAGACAUCUAUCCUUUGUUUCUCUCUGCCACAGAUGGUGUUAUAUCAGUGAAUAACUAUAACAUCGAAAACGUUGCCUCUCAGCAUCUACUGCAAUCUUCUCCUUUACCGAACUAUGUGUUUUUCGAGCAUGGCGACUUUGCUGACCUUGUUUCAAUAUCUCAAGAUGUAGACGCUGUAGUGCUUACCUGUUCUGCCCUUAAAAUCAAAGCCUGUCAUUAUCUUCAAAUGUGUGAAGUCUCGGCCUUUCAGACGGAACACUUCUUUCUAAAACGUAAAGGGGACAGGCUCUUUCUUUACUUCACUACAAUAUGCAGGACUUUUCGUCGCAACUAUUUAGAAAUGCUGAGGGACCUUACAUCAGCAUUGUAUGAGUCUAUUCCGAGAGGAACGCGGAACCUUGCUGAGCUUCCUGAAGGUCACUGUUUUUCAUUAGUCAGAGAAAUUGAGGUUUUCGUUAUGUGGACAAGUGAAGAGUUAUCGUACAUAAACGACAUGUUGUCUUUUGCAGUUUCUCCACAAGAGGUCAUUAUAAAGCACAUACGAGUGGAAAAUGAUGUUGUAUCCCACAUCAACUUCACCGAAAACCUUGGUAGAUUAGUACUGUACGAUCUUGAAAUGUCAGACGGCGAUGUUGCUCUCUUAGCCAGUUCAACUCGUCAAGCGCCCAACAUGUACUCGUUGAAAGUGUCCCGCUGUCCUUUCCACGGUAGUGUAAGAAUUUUGGCUGCAAGCCUUUGCCAUGUUCCACUAUUGACGUAUUUAACUUUGUCUCGAGUCCGUAUGGAUGAUCGAGAAUGUUCACGUUUAGCGUCUUCACUAAAACAUGUUCCUCGGCUAACAGUUCUUGAUUUGUCCCACAAUCCACUUGGUAAAGGAAUCACUGACCUUGCUCGACAACUGUAUCGCAUACCUGAUCUGCAACAUCUAAACAUAGAAAAAACAAGAACAGGUCAAAAAGAAGCUAAAGCCUUGGCUCAAGAGCUAAGAUCAGUGCCAAGACUACAAACCAUUCAGCUAGGAUUUAAUCCAAUCGGAAAAGGGGUCGGUGAUGUCGUGCGAAGUCUUCAUUACCUUGAAGAACUACUACAAGUGGACCUCAAAGACGUCAAACUGUCGCGCGAAGAAGUUGAUGCUAUAUCGGACGCACAACGUGGAAUAUAUAUAACGUCUUAUCACGUAUGUUUUUCCUUUUUACGAGUGGUAUCUUAAGUUACUUGCGGUAUCUUGCGUAGCAGGUGCAUGAAAAAUUUGGGGAUAAAAGCUAGAGCGGUGGCGCUACCUCUAUCCUUUUGCGUGUUCUCCCUUGCGCAUCGCUGAUCUCGCUUUCCUGUGCACCUGUUGAUUAAGCCAUUGCUGCACAGCCCCACACCAGGUUAAAGAAAACAAAUGUCAUUAUUAAAUGGUAAGGAAGGGGGUAUUAUGUAGGGCGUUGUUACCAAGUCAUUGAAAUUCUUCCUUGAUAAAGACAACCACCGACUGGGCCUUUAUGAAUAUUUUUUGUCGCCCUCCCGUUUCCCUGACUCCAGAUGUCUGCAUCGUUUGCCAUGGAAGUGUUUGCAAGGUAUAUCAACUGAUUUUAUAUAGCACACCUGAAUAUGGCGCGAUUAGAUCUGAAUUCAUGAAUUCUUAACUGACCCGUAAUAUCUAGAAAUGAAGGUGAUAUCCGUUGGGUUAUGACAAGUGUCGCUGAAAAAAUUGAUUGCACGGAAUUCUUGUGCAUUAUCGGUUAUCGACAUUUCGAAGGAAGUGGUGAUAUUACACUGCAUUCCACUUAAACAGGUUGCAGGGUCGAGAUUUUGGCCAGAGUGUUACAAUGAUAAAUCAGAAGUAAAUUUCCUUACAGAGGGAUAAAUUCUUAAAAUAUGUCUCCCUUUUCAGGAGUGUUAUUCCACGAGUUCUUAGCAUUCAUUCCAAAUAAUAAACGUUUGUCUUGCACACUUAAAAUCUUGUGUCCUAUAAACAAUGUAUUUGUUUGUCGAUAAGAGUUUUCAAAACUAAGAAGGUUACGCCAUUAGGAUAGAAGCUGGGGAUGGAGGGCUUCUCUUAGUUUUUUUUUCAAAUGGUCGUGGCUUGAAAUAGUCGGUCUAAAGUAUAAUCACGUGACCCACAUUGGGCAACCAAAACAUACAAGCUAAAGAGGUCUAUCCUUAAAUUUCGUGUGCUGUUAGAUUGGCAUAUGUAAGUACAUCUGAUUAACACACUUCGACUGUUUUAGGACCUCCAGGGAAAACCCAAGAAGAAAGACGAUUGGCCCAGAUUUUCUGAUCUGCAAUACAAUAAUGAUGACGAUGAUGAUGAUGAUGAUGAUGAAUCAUUCAUUCUUGGUGGUGAUGAUGAUGAUGAUGACAGAAUGUUGGAUCGACGGUAA